AUGAACACGCCUGGAGCAGUAUCUAAAAUAUUCUGGCCAGUUCAUAUAUGUUCACCUCAAACAUUACCGGGGUUUCUCGUGGGCUGGAAUGUGAGGAAUUUUACAGUUUGUGUUGCUGCUGUUAUUUCAGAUGUGAAGCUCAAAGAUUUGGAAGCGACAUUGUCUGUUCUAUCUACAGAUAAUCGUUCUUCAUUUGUUUACAUGAGUGAAGUGUGUGGUGCACCUCCAAUUGUCUUGGGGGUACUGACAGUGGAUUCUAGUGAAGAUGUCGAUACUGAAAAUAUUCUUCGUGCUGAAGGAGUCUCGGAAAAAACCAAGACAGCUAAUUUAUGGAUGACUAUACAUCUUCAACAUAACAACAUGCCAUCACUCAGAUCCAUUGAUUGCUGCGGCUUUCGCUAUUCAGAUGUCAGUUUGGAAAUCAUACUCUACAAGCAACCGAAUCCCACCCUAUUACAAUAUCUUUCGCUUGAACCGUUGAUAUUAGAUAUUUCAAAGAAUAAUAAUAGUACAAAGUCGGAACAAGAAUCAACCACCAUCAAGAAUAUGAAGAAGAUUACAAGUACUCGAAUCCGUUCUUCGCGUAAAGAAAAGAGUCAUGCUAAUGACAUGGAUCUCAUAUUGAAUCAGGUCAAUUCUUCGCACGAAACAGAAAAAGCAAUUCGGAGUCGAUGUAAAGCUUUCCAGACCCGACGCAAUCGUCGUAGCGCUAGUGUAUCAGAGGCAGUAAAAAAAUCGGCUGUUGGCCUAGGGAUGUUCUUGAAAAAAGGUCUAAUGUACCCGAUCCUUUUUCUAGCGCCUCUCAUUCGUCCGACAAUAGCACAUCCUAUAUUGUUUUUUCUGGUGCUGGUUAGAGUAUUCGCAGAAAUAGUGUUGUGGAUACUUAAUAUACGGUUUCCAAAUUGGCUUCUUAACGGAAUUUCGUUAAAAGAUUUGUCUGCAACCGCACAACAAAUUGAUUUAAGAUUACAACAAGCGUGUUUUUGGCCUUGGCAAUUUAUGUUGCAACGACGUCGUGAUUGGACAAAUAUUGAAACAACACGAGCUCAAUAUAUAAGUUUUCACAAUAGUAUGUGGCUAGUUGCAAAUGAUAUAAUAAUUGGAGUGGCAAUUGGCUUUUUUCUAAUGGAUAAUAAUGAGGCAAUGGCCAAAUUAAUUAUGGAUGAUUAUUUAAAUCAUUACGCGAUGGAACGGCUUGAAAAAAUGAUAGUAUGGUUAAUGGGCUGGCCGGCUGGGCUUAAACUUAAUAGUGAAUUGGAUAAAUUCUUAGGCGAAUUAUUUCUAUGGCUAAUUCUAUUAUGGAAAGGCUGUAUAACAAAUAUAGAACCAAUGGUUCCUAUAAUAAUAAAGAUGAUUGGUCUUUCGGGAAUGUUGGGCGCAUCGAUGGUGCUUUCUUUGCUGUCGGACUUUUUGUCAUUUAUGACAAUUCAUAUUUAUUCGUUUUAUAUGGUUGCUGCAAGAAUUUUUAAUUGGCAACUUAAUAUACUAUACUCCCUAUUUAAUUUAUUUCAAGGCAAGAAAUGGAAUACAUUACGGAAUCGCAUAGAUUCCUGUGAUUAUGAUCUGGAUCAAUUGUUAUUGGGAACGAUACUGUUUACACUUUUGACAUUCCUAUUUCCCACAAUUAUAGUGUAUUAUGCUACGUUUGCAUUGAGUCGAGUAGGCGUCAUUUUCUUGCAAGCUGUGAUGGAGACACUUUUGGCGUUUUUUAAUCACUUUCCUUUAUUUGCUAUUAUGCUUCGAUUUUCGGACCCCGAACGACUACCUGGCGGCCUACGCUUUGAAAAAUGUGAUCCAAAUUAUUUUGCAACCUAUGAGAUGCCUUUAGCACGUGUUUUUAAAGGUCUCAAAUCUGUUUGGCCAUGGACCACAACACCCUCUAGAAAACUCAUACAGCCUCUGAACAAUAAUCAGAAAACAUCUAAUAACGCCACUAUGAUAUCAAAUUCCAUGUCACAAAUUCAUAAAGACGUAAAUCAAAAUCAAAUUAUUCGUCGAAGAAAAAGUCGGGUAACAAUUGCCGUCAACGGCGUUCCUUCAUCACAUUCAAUCUCACCACAAGCCUCAAAUACACCUUUGCCCGCCACUCCACCAUCAUCGUCGUCUCCAAAAGUUAGCUAUUUAUUCUUACAUGUUAGUGUCUAA